UCCUGCGCCAGAUGCGCACCAAGUCCGAACCGUACGAAACGUCACUCGCUGUGUAACUUUGACAGUUGGUGUAGGUGUGUGUAUUGUUGUUUUAGCAGGAAGUGUUAUGGUAUUGUUGUUAAACUGAGUAAACGCUGGCUGUUUUCGAUACAAGGUAUACUUCAUGCGGAUUAUAAUGAACCAGGAACCCUUAGGGGUGGCUCCCGACAUAGUACUGCCACAAAAUCUGGAAAGGUGGAGCGAGACCAACUCCAUACACAAUUUGACUGAUUACAGUGCCAUUGGUCAGGCCAAGCACGAAACCUCCCCCUUCCCUUAUGAUCCCGAAAUUAAUCAUAAAAUAAUCUUAUGGACUGGUGAUAUUUCCUCUUUACAAGUAGAUGCCGUAGUCAAUUCCACAAAUGAAUCAAUGAGUGAUAGCAAUCCAAUUAGCGAUCGGAUAUUCCAGAGGGCCGGAUCCGAUUUAAAAGAAGAAAUCAAUUUAAACGUUAAAGAAUGCCGGACGGGUGAAGUUAGGGUGACGCAAGGACAUGCACUGCCAGCACGAUAUAUUAUACAUACAGUAGGACCCAAGUACAACAUUAAGUACCAAUCAGCCUCAGAAAACACCCUGCACACGUGCUAUAGGAACAUUCUGCAAAAAUCAAAAGAGAUGGGCGUGCAUUCGAUAGCGUUGCCCGUCGUCAAUUCGGUGAAGAGGAACUAUCCACCGGACGAGGGUGCUCACAUAGCACUACGUACGGUGAGGAGGUUCCUCGAACAGCACGGGAGCUCACUGGACACGGUGAUAUUCGUCGUUGACAAAUUGGACGUGGGCAUCUACGAGGUACUGCUACCCCUAUAUUUCCCGCGUUCGAAGUUUGAGCAGGACGCAGCCAGGUGGCAACUUCCCGCUGACGUUGGCGGCACCAUGGGUGAACCGAUCAUGCCAGAUAGGCAAAUCAGGAUCAUUGACAAUCCGCAACACACGUUGCAUGCCGACGAGGAAUCCAUAGACCUAUCGUCGCAGCUGGAGACCUCGGUCAACGUUGGUGAGCAUGCAUUCAGUCAGAUGCAAGGCGACCUGGACCAGCAACGGCUUCUCGGCGAGCGACCGACCAAUGAUCCACUCGACAACAUCAUGAUCAAGGAGUUGCAGCACCAGGAACGAUACGAGAGGCUAUUGAGGCGUGCCAAGGCUGAGGACUUGACGGAAGUUUCGGGCAUCGGCUGUCUCUACCAGAGCGGCGUCGACAGACUCGGACGGCCCGUUGUGGUUUUCGUUGGAAAAUGGUUUCCGUUCAAUAGGAUCAAUUUAGAUAAGGCAUUAUUAUACCUAAUAGCGCUGUUGGAUCCAAUAGUAAAGGGCGACUAUGUGAUCGCCUACUUCCAUACGUUGACUUCUAGUAAUAAUUAUCCUUCGUUCGCCUGGCUGAAAGAAGUAUACAAUGUGUUGCCUUACAAGUACAAGAAGAACCUCAAAGCGUUCUACGUGGUGCAUCCGACCGUCUGGACAAAGAUGAUGACAUGGUGGUUUACGACGUUUAUGGCACCGGCCAUCAAGCAGAAAGUGCACAGUUUGCCAGGAGUCGAGUACUUGUAUUCUGUGAUGUCGCCAGACCAACUGGAGAUCCCCGCGUUCAUCACAGAAUACGACAUGACCGUUGCGGAUAAAGCUUCGAAGAGAAAAUGGGGUCGUUAAAUAUAAAUGGCUUGAGAUAUUUCCAACCGGGUGCGCCGACAUAAGUGAUAGAAGCAAUGCAAAUGACCAGUGCCCAACUUAGUAUUUCAUCCCCCAGUGAUAAGUUGCAAUAUUUGAAUAGUGCUAAGUUUUGUGUGCCAAUUUGUUAUGAACAAUUGCUGCCGUUGUUUAUUUUAUUAAUGGAAGAAAUAAACGAUGCCUCUAAAGUAUGUGAGAGAACUCUAGUUAUAUGAACCUCUAGUAAUAAACUGCUACAAAUCGUUGAAUAGUUAGUUGCCUAUGAGAACGUAUGUUGUUUUGUAGGUAUAUGCAUAAUAAUUAAAAAAGAGAAAACCAUUUGUUUUGUACUGUAGUGUUUCUUUUGUACUCAGUUUACAGGUACAUUCCGGACGCAACUCGGUUAACAAUAAGUCUCAUAUAUAUAUAAAAUACUCUACUGUCCUAUUAUUAUUUAAGAAUCCUCUAUUUUUAAAUAUAUAUCAAAAAACAAUAAAAGGCUUACGAUGUAUAAGUAAUUCCAGAGUUACUUAAAUUUUGUAUAUAGAUCUUUAAGUAGCGGGCAUCAUAAAAAGAACCUAUUCUUAUAACAUGUGAUAAAAAUAGAUAAAUCUAACAUUUAUAAUCAACAUAUUACGCCCAUUACUUUAAGAUAUAUUUUGCAAAGUGUGUAUUUUAUUUACCGUUAACUCUUAAUAUAUUAUAUAUUUUUACUGACUAUUCUAUUACCUAAAGUACGUAAGUAACUGGUAGAUUGUUGUAGUUGUUUUAUUUUAUACAAUUAUACAUACUUCUUAUAUUCUAAUGUUGUUUACUAUUUAAAUAUAUAUAAUAAGUUGAAAAUCACAAUUAACUUGUUAUGCAAAUAAAAUACUUACUAAUUAUC